UUUUACCACUGGAGCCCCAAAGGAUGUUGUGCACAUGCGCGGUGGGCAAUCUACCGGAGCACGAGAGGUAGGGAAGGAAGUCCUAAUGGCGGAGACUGUACGGUCGCCUUUUGACUACCGGGAACCACCGACCCUCGACAGCGACGGGGAUGGAAGUAAACCGCCGCCGCCAAGGGGCCGCGUGUGCGGGAGGAAAAGGAAAGGGACACCUGUGAAGGUGUGUGACCGAGCGUAUGUAACAGAAGAUGAGGAGGAGGAGAGCAUGUCAGAACACAGCUACAGCCCUGGUGAUAGCCAGUAUCCAGAGGGUGCAGAAGACCGCCUCCCUCCCCCUGGCAGUCCAUAUUACCUUCCAGAUCCCACUCAGCUCUGUGUUCCAGAGUUGGGGGAGGAGGGAGCGAGUGGUGUCCGGGGGCCAGUGCUCUUCCAUCCGCCGCCAAACUGUCGUAUUCGAGAAGUCCACUGUGGUACCCAGGUGCGGUUGGUUGUCAUAGCAAUCCGAGACAUUGCCAAAGGGGAGGAGAUCACAGUCGACUACAGCCUGACGGACUGGGGCGAGAAUGCAUUGGAGGAAGAAGCUGGCCCCCACCCGCUGUCCCUUUCCGUUUCUGAUUACCUAACCCCAUCCUGGUCAUUAUCACCCUCAUCCUCCCCACUCACCCACUCUGAGCCUAGUGACUCAGACCGUGAGGAGGACGAAGAGGAAGAAGACGAUGAUGACGAUGAUGAUGAUGAAGAAGAGGAAAUUGAGGAGAUAAGAGGUCGGAUGCUCCGCCGCCGCAAGAAGCGCAAGCUGCCCACAGUGGUCAAUUCAAAGAAGAAGAGCACGCCUACUUCCUCCAGAGGACCUGGGCGUCCCUGCUCAUUUUCUCGUCCAGCACCUGUCACACCUCCAACCAGAUCCCAGGCACCGGGCGCCCUCGCACCCCCGACCACCAACAUCAACAACAACAUUAACAUAAACAUUGGCAGCUCCAGUGGUGCCACGGUGAGCCGACGGCAGCAUUGCCCGUACUGUGGCCGCCACUAUCGCUCACUUGCACGCCAUCUGGAAAAGCACCAUGCCAACCAACCUGAAGUCAGAACAGCCAUGGAGCUGGCACAUUUGCACACGCACAGCUCUUCAAACGGCAACGCCGCACAUCCUCACCCCUCACCGUCCUCCACCUCCGCUCCUCACGGUCAUUCCUUUGCUGUCCCUCAGCCCUCGGCCUCCAACCCUACUCCACCUCCUCUCUUCUCCAGAGAGAGGGAAUCACCAGCUACACGCUCAAGCACAGGUGGCGUCUCAUUCUCCCUCUCGCUUUCACCAACACCUCCUGCUCAGCCAGCAGUCACCAAAAAGGGACCUAGCUUACCGCCGCCCUCCGCAAAACGCCCAUCAACCCCGAUGGUGUCAAGGGUGAAGAGUCCAUCACCGCCUCCCCCAUCUACACCCAGAAGGGGUCGGAGGAUGAAGAAAGAAAAGCUUGAAGAGCAGCAAAAGGUGGAGGUGGAGAGCUCGAGAAGUCAAGAGGAGCUGGUUCCACCUCCUACUCCAGAGCCAGACGUGGACCCAGAGGAAGAUCUGGAGCUGAGUGGUGAGGGAGAAGACGAUCCGCCAGAGGAGAAGAAUGGAGAGAUUGCAAGCACCCAUAGACAUCACAUGUCUCCGUUGCUCUCUUCCCUCUCCUGUUUGGUCCUCUACCUCCGCCGCCAGCAGCAUUCCUCUUUCCUUUCUUUAACCCGGUCUCCUCACUCUGCCGAAGCCUGGCGCUUGCUCUGUCAUUCAAGCCUUUCCCUGCUCAUCCUCUACAACCGCCACCGGGAAUGUGAGGUGGCCAAGCUCACUAUCCAGGACUACCGCAACCGUACCACCCCCCCAGCCAACUCCAGUAACAGCUCCCCCACUGGCAUGGAAGCCCUCCUAUCCCCCUUUGAGCGCCAGAUCCUUUGUCAUCUCCCACGGGCUGGUGUUUUGGGCAAGCGUGGUCGCAUCCAGCCUCUUAUUUUCCCACCACACUGUGAGUCCUGCAUAGACCUACUCCUUCAAACCAGUCCCAAUGUGGGUGUUGACCCAGAGAGCCCCUAUGUCUUCUCUCGGCCCUACCACUCUCCUGCCACCCCGCUCAGGGGCACAGACCUUUUAAGAAACCUGGCACGAGCUAGCGGGGCCAAAAACCCUGGAGCACUGACAGCGACUCGUGUGCGACGGCAAGUAGCAAUUCUAACUCAGCUACUGCUAUUAGAAGAGGGUGAGGGCCAGGGUGGAGCUAUCAAACGGCUGGAGGACUUCCUGGAACGGGAGUACCAUGUAACCCAAAACUGCUCCACAAUCCUGCGGGAUCCAGCACUGAUGGGUCGUGUGGGUCGUGUUGUUCUUUAUGGAGAGAGGGAAGGUGUGCUUUUCCGAGGGAUGAGCCUGCAGCACAUCUGCCUUGAGUUGGAUGUAAUGUCUGGCAACUCAGCUGACUCAUUUUCAGAAGAAUCUGAGGCAGAGGAAGAAAAGGAGGAAGUUAAGGAGAAAGCUGAGGUGAUGGUGAAGAAGAAAGGACCAGGACGACCACCGCGGAAGAAGAGACCACCCAUUCCUUCUCCAAUCAGCCCGUCAAUAGCCAAUGCUCAUAAGAGGAGAUGCAUUCCACCCAAAUCAGGAAAACGUGGUGUGCUGAAGCGUCCUUGGUCAGAGGCGGAGCGUGAAGCGGUGGAGACUCACCUAAACAGAAACAUUGCAGAGCUGCGAGUCCCUGCGAAGGCGGACUGUGAGCGCUGCCUUGAACUCUGCCCUCUGCUGGUGAGCAACCAGCGAGACUGGAGGGCAAUUAAGUUUUAUGUUCACAAUCGUAUCCAGUUGCUGAAGAAGCAGGGGAGGAGGGAAAGCGCUGCCUCGCUCUGCUAGGGCGAGACACAGAGGACACAUACCAUAAUGUAUAAACCACCAGCAAUCAAAAUGAAGACAAAAAAGUCUCAUGGUGGAGUGCAGCUUCUCUUUUACUUUUCUUUCAUGGUACCUGAAGUUAGGUGCAUGUCUUUUCUCAUCACCCUGGUCAUAAGCGAUUAGUGUAAUGAAACUGACUAAGCUAAGAAAACAGAUGGGUUGGUCCAGUUAAGGAAUCAUUCAUAGUCAGUGUUUGGGAUGCCCAGUGUCUGUUUUUCCAGAUGUAUUUUUAAGCAGUUUGACAAGGUGUACUUAAAAGCGUGACUACGAGUUCAUGCUUUUUUUUUCUCCUUUUUUUAAAGACCGUUUUUCAUGUCAUCUUUGUUAUUGUAUUAGAUAGUUGACGGUGGAGAGUGGUGGGAACGGUAGUGGUAGGAGAGAGACAGAGAAGAUGAAAUGCAACAGAGGUUCUUGGAGGCUGCAGUACACACUUUAGAGCACCAGGACAUGCUACAGCACAUGAUCCUCGGUCUGGUGUUUGUUUCCGUUGAAGGCUGAUGACCAAACACGAAUGUGAAAAGCUUUGAAAGAGGAAACCAAUGGUUCUGAACAUUUAAAAAAGUCCCCACAGAUAGACUAUGUGUCUUCAGGACCGAGACAUGUAUGAACUUGUAUAGUUUGUGUUUGAUAUCGACUGACAUUGUACCCCCAACCCAUGGCCCCUCAACUAACAAGUGUAUUAAAAAAAAAGUAUUCAAAGUGUUGGACCAUGAUUCACCUGUGAAGUGGUUCUUCCAUACCCCCAUACCAUGAUCAUAGUCAGACUAUUGUAUCAAGGCACGCCUACUUGAAUUUAUUACGUAUCAAAAUUUUAAAAGCUGUUAUUACAUAUGGUCUUAUUCACAGUGUAAAUACUUCCUUAUCUAUGAAAAGUAUACAGUAGUGAUGGCAAACUUAGUAUUGUGUUAUGGUGUAUAUACUGUAAAUACUACCUGUACUUAUUAAAGUGUAUGACAUUUUGCUGUGUUUUCUUAAACUGGAGUUUUACAUUGUGGAUACAGAGUGACAGAAAGAAAAUAGAAAUAAAAAAUAAACAGGAUUCCAAAUGG